UCAAGAAAAGAGAAGAAAAUAUGGAUAAUAAUCUUUUUUAUUGCCGGGGCCAUGUUGUAUGCAUCGAGAACUGCAAUGCCCGUAUGUGCAGUGUCUGUUUCACAAGAAUUUAACUGGACCAAGACUCAAACCGGCUUGGCUUUAUCUGCAUUUUUCUGGGGUUAUGUGACCACCCAAGUUGUGGGCGGUCACCUGGCAGAUAAGCAUGGGGGCGAGUACACCAUAUCCAUAUCCCUGGCAGGCUGGUCAUUCCUCACAUUGAUGACGCCUUACGUAAUUCGUCUGGGACCGCCUACUGCUGCCCUCAUGCACGCCGUCAUCAUGAGGAUUUUUACUGGGUGCUUCCAAGGUAGGUUUUACUACCCUUCCAUGUCUAGCCUGUUUUCCCGAAAGGUGUCUGAAUUCGACAGGGCCUUCAGUUACAGCUUUGCCACAUCUGGGAGUCACAUUGGUACCUUAUUCUCUGGGAUCAUUGGUUCAUUGAUGAAUGAUUACCUUGGCUGGCCACUCACAUUCAUUACCAUUGGUAUAUUGAGUUUCCUUCACUUCCUUGUUUACCAUUAUUUUGUGGUAAGCUUGCGGAGGGUGAAGUUGGCUCAGAUAUCAUCGUCAUCACUGUCAUCAUCGUCAUGGGCGCACACACACACACGUAUUUUUAAAAUGAUGACGAUGACAACAAACAGGGCGAUAGUGAUAGGAAAUUUUUGCUCUGGCUGGAUGUUCUUCAUACUUCUAUCAUGGCUGCCUACGUACUUCCAAGAGACAUUCCCCGAUGCCAAGGGAUGGGUCUACAACACGAUACCUUGGCUGUUCUGUCCUCCCUCUCAGUGGUUCGGUGGCUGGCUGGCUGACCACCUCAUCUACAAGGGCUUCUCCACCACUUUUGUCAGGAAGUUCAUACAGUCGUUGGCAUUUCUUGGGUCGGCAUUGUUCUUAGUCCUCAUGGGUCACUUCGACUCCUACUACUUUGCACUCUUCUGCCUGACUGGGGCCAUCAACUUUUCAUGUUUCCAUCAUUCGGGCAUCUCUGUCAAUGUUCAAGAUAUUGCUCCUACGUAUGCUGGGGCCGUGUUUGGAUUUCAAAACAUGGCGGGAGCAGUACCAGGGUUUUUGGGAGUAUACGUCACGGGAUAUAUCCUAGAAGUUUCCAAGAGUUGGACCGUCGUAUUCAACCUUACCUCGGUCAUUUUGUUGGUCGGCUGGUUUGUCUUCAUAAUGUUUGGUACGGGAAAAAAAGUUAUUUAA